AUGGAUCCACUAUCAAUCGCUACGAGCUGUCUGGCGCUGCUUACAGCAGUAGGCAAGACGAGUUUCACCAUUACCCACUUUGUGAGACGCUGUCGUGAGGCUCCCACGGAUCGGACGGCUGCUCGGAGCGAGCAGGAUUCCAUGGUUCAACGCUAUCUGAAUUGUGCCACCAGCUACGCUGAGGACUCAUAUGAAGAUCUCUCACAUGCCCCGGCACCCGAUUCCAUACACGAAGAAGAAGGGACUGAGAGCGUCUUAGCAGGCAGAAAUCUGCAUGGUGAAACUAGCAACGACCAUCAAAGGCAAAAUGGACAUGUGCUAAACCAGCCAUUGACAAUUAACAAGGAAGAGUCGAGAAACGUCGAUCAAGAAACAUGA